AAUAACUCGAUUGCCACCUGUCCAAUGCUCCGUAGUACAAGUACACGGAGUAGUCUAGGAGUAGUAGAGAAUCCUUUUCAUUAAAAAUUGUGCCAUCUCAAGAACAAUACCAAACGAAACAAGAAAGAGAGAUAGAGAGUGAUCAGUGAUCAUAAGAAUUCACAAAAAUGGAGACCUCCGGCAAUCUGACACCGUUAUCGGAGGAAUCGGAAGAACAAUCUCAACAAUCUUCUUCACCUUCUUCAAAUUCUGCUUUCUCUAACAUUCCUCCUCGUCAUCCGCUCCAGAGUAGUUUCCCUAAAUACUCGCCGUUGGAUUGGACAAGCUAUUUUGACCAUGAGGAUGAUAUUUGCAUACCAGACACCGAAAAUGUCUUUCAUGUAUAUAAGGCUGGUUCAGAAGGGCCAGUUAUAUUUUGUUUGCAUGGAGGCGGAUAUUCUGGGCUUUCCUUUGCAUUGUCAGCGAGUAAGAUUAAGGAAAAAGCUCAGGUUGUGGCAAUGGACUUGAGAGGGCAUGGAAAAUCAGUUACAGAUAAUGAUUUGGACUUAUCAAUUGAGACGUUAUGCGCGGAUGUGUUGGCUGUUCUGAGCACCAUGUAUGGAGAUUCACCUCCAGCAAUCGUACUCAUUGGCCACAGCAUGGGAGGUUCUGUUGCUGUGCAUGUUGCUGCAAAGAAGACAUUAAGUAGCUUGGCUGGACUUAUAGUUGUGGAUGUUGUUGAGGGAACAGCCUUGGCUUCAUUGGUCCACAUGCGAAAAAUUCUAUCAAGCAGAUCAAAGCAUUUUGCAACCGUGGAAAAAGCUAUUGAAUGGAGCGUUAGAGGUGGAUCUUUAAGAAAUAUUGAUUCUGCCCGUGUGUCAAUUCCUGCCACAUUAAAGUAUGACGAGUCAAAGCAAUGUUAUGUGCACCGAGCUUGUCUGGAAGAAACAGAACAGUAUUGGAGAGGCUGGUAUGAAGGCCUUUCAGAAAAGUUUUUGUCAUCUCCUGUUCCAAAGCUCCUGUUGUUGGCAGGAACUGAUAGACUUGACAGAACUCUCACUAUUGGUCAAAUGCAAGGCAAGUUUCAGAUGGUGGUAGUCAGACACACAGGGCAUGCCAUACAGGAGGAUGUUCCGGAUGAGUUUGCAACACUCAUCCUCAAUUUUAUCUCUAGAAACCGGAUAGGCCCCCAUGGCAUUGAGAUACCUGGUCUUCGUAAGCCAUCAAAAUAGCCAGUUAAACAACAGAUAGUAAUGGAGGAAAACAGACGUAUACUUGGAGGGUGGCAUUUGAACUGAAAGACUCACCUGCAAAAUGUAGUAAAUGGUACAAGCUAAAUGCCCUGGCCGCAGUAUCACCAUGCAGUAUGCCAGUAUGGGGACCUUUCUUAGAAUUAACUAUCUAAAUCAUUAGCUUGUUGUGAGGAUGCACAUUUGCCUUGGUAGACAUGUUUUUCAAUGCGCGUGUUUAGGGCGGUAGCCGGGUUAGGUAUCUACUAGUUUCACUUGCUAUAGAUACUUGCAUUAUAAGUGUUUGUUGUUAGGUAAAAAUAUGGAUAUUGUGUCCCAACUCCCAACAUUGACAUCAAGAGGAAAUAGAACUUUUUCAAAGAUAGUAGGUCAAAGUGAUACCCCAGGUCUGUAAAUACCUACAUUUGUCAAAGUGAGAAACUGAUAACCAUCUUCUAAUAUUCUACUUCCUUUUUUUUUAAUUGACA